UAAAUUCCAGGGAACACUGGAGAAAGGGUAAUUCGCACAGAGCUAUGGCUUCCCUAACAGAACCGUAUUACUGCAGCUCCUGCCAGAAAAUAAGAAACGUCCAACAAGCAAAAUCAUUUUACAGAAGAGAUCCCAUGGUACAUCUCAGAAGAUAUGUAGCACUAAAAUACCUCCAGUAUUCAGUUUUGUCUUCCGUGAACAAUAUUAGCUUUCUCAUAGGAUCAGUUGGAAGCCUAUAUUCCAGCUUUGUUUUGCUAAUGCCAUCUGUUUCAAAGAAGUCUACAACUGAAUUCGUCUCAUGCCUUGUUCGAGCGGAUAUUACAGUUUUUCUUAAACUAAUUCUUCAGGCUGUUCACCUACAGUAUGACAUAACAAUUUUAUCAGACUCUUUUGUCAACGGCCUCUUGCAAAAUCUUCUUACUGUGAAUGUUCAUGUCAGUUCACUGAUGCUGGGCUGUAUCAGCAUUGAUGCUUUCCUAAUUACACUAUUCCCAGAACAGUCGCGCCAUAUAAGGACUGUAAGAUAUGCCAAGCUAACUACUAAAUUAGUGUGGAUCAUUGUAAUAGCAGAAUGCUUCAUUUUUCAGACAGAGUUCAUCCAAGAAUCAGACCUCUCGGGUAUUGAACUCCACAGUUAUUUGUCUGUGCUUCAUUUCUGCCAGUCGUUAGCUCCCGAUGUUCAUUCCUUAUCUUACUUUGUUGGCUUCUUUUUAAAAAUGUUACAUGUGUAUAUUUAUUACAAAAUUCUUUUGGAAAGUCCAUUUAGUGAGUUGAAAGGUGGAAGUAAAAGCAUCUUUGCAGAACUUGGACAGGAUUUGUACCAGAUAAAAAUGGGUGUGUUAGAAUCCAGAGAGGGGUUGAAUAAGUGUCACAAUGUUUGCUUUAUCGUGGAGAGCGUUUUGCCUACAAGUAAUGCAGUAGAAAGAUCUUCACAAGAAAAUGAGGUUACGCUUAUAGGGGAAUCAGUUGUGGCCCUUGAUUCCUUUAACAGCAAUGUAGAAGGGAAUAUGACUGCUGCUUGUUUGAUAGACAUUGUGCCACCAGUUAGUAAGGGACCACAGGAUCGAUCAGAAGCAGCUUGUACUUCGAAUGAAGGUUUUUUAGGAACAAAGAAAUUUCAGCUACAGCUGCCUAUACAGGUGCAACCUCGAAUCAGAGGCAAGAGCCAACAGAGAGGGACUCAGAAGAAUGUUGUCAGAGAGAUCUCGGGGCGAGACAGAAGGUGCACACCAGGAGAAAUACUGACCCUGCUGAGUGGAGGUACAUGCACAGAGGAACCUCAGUUGUACAAGAAGGAUGUGAAGCAUUUUAAAAUAUAUUUUUCAUCACAUUUUGAUGAACUAGUCCAACCACCAUUUCUAGACAUUAUCCAUGGGAGCAUGGCAAGUAACUUCACCUGA